GCCCAUAGCAAUGUCCAAGCUCAUGAAGUCUUUCAUGUAUAUAACCUUGUCAACUAUAAAGAGAUUACAUUCAGAUCUUAUACACAUUACAUAUUUCCUCCCCACUCUUCUCUCUAUCUAAGUUUAGACCUUGUAUAUAAAACGGAGUAUGAUACAUCACUGUUUCUGAGAAUUACCCGCCACUGCAUCUUCAUCAGGCAAAUCUAACUUUGUUCGUGCAUGCAUGUUUGUUCAACCAUAAACUAUCCAAACCGUCUUUCUCUCAUUAUAUCUCUGCAGUAUUUUAAAGAAUCUGGCUUUGUUAUUGUAAUUAUAAUACGUAGUAUUAUUAUACUCCGUAUACAACUAUUGAUCCAAGAGCUUAAUCGAAAACGAAGCCAUAUAAAAGCUUCAUUCUUGGAUGAUCAUCACACGAAACUAUCACAGUAAUGGAUAGGAUGAGGCCAAUGUAUGCCCCACCGCAGAAGUGCACCCAAAACACGGCGAAUUCGGAAGCUCCGUCUUCUCUUGGGACUGCAUCUCCGGUUCAUCAUGGCCAUUCACGUUCAGGCUCAUUUUCAAAUGCAAGGAAACCGCAGAACACGAAAGCCGCUGCUCAAAAGCUUGCUCAGGUCAUGGCGCAUCAGACGACUGAUGAUGACGAUGAAGAUGACGAUCUUCUAUGCGAUCCUGUUUCUGUCAGUCUUUCUGCUGGCGUUGGGCUUGCGGGAGGAAGAUCAGCCAGAAAUCGAUCUACUGUGUCAAUUCCUGCAUCCAUGGAACAAUCUGUGUCUUUACGUCCAGUGCAAAGGAGGGCAUCUCCAUCUCAUGCUUCUUCAGAACAGAAACAUCUAUCUGCUCACCCAACCUAUGCUACUCGGUCGUCUCAGCUUAGUUCAGUAGAUCAACCUCCAUCUGCUCGUUCAUCUUCUGCUAAUCGGCAGUCCCAGAUGAGUUCAGUUGAGCAACCUUCAUCAGCUCGGUCAACAAUUCAGACAUCUCAGCUCAGUUCUUCAGUAGAGCAACCUCCCUCGGCUCGUUCACCAGCUCGCUCAAUCCUGACAAAUCGAUCAUUGCAGUCAAGUGCAGUAGAACAACCUUCUUCAGCUCGUUCUUUUCAAGCUGCUAGCUCAUUUCAGUCCACUAACUCUGUAGAACCUAUGCAGCCUCUAUCUGCUCGGUCGUCUCAUCUAGUUACAACGGAACAGCCAACAUCUGCUCGUUCUACAUUAGCUAGCCGACCUAAUUUAGGUGUCAAGGUUGUUCCUAUAGUGCCUUCAAUUGUACCCAUAUCACUUAGAACAGCUGUUCCAUCAACACCUUUUGAGCUUCAAUCUGAAAGCCACAAGGAUAAAAGGUUAUCACUAGACUUUGGAACUUUUAAGCAUAAUGGACUUGCUGGUCAGGCAACCUCUGCGCUACAAGAUGAGCUUGAUAUGCUUCAGGAGCAAAAUGAAAGUUUACUUCAAAAGCUUCGACUGACAGAAGAGCGUUUCGAGGAAUCAGAAGCCAGGGCUAGGCAGCUUGAGAAGCAAGUCGCAAAUCUCGGAGAGGGUGUAUCUCUGGAUGCUCGUCUUUUAAGCAGGAAGGAAGCUGCUCUACAGCAAAGGGAGGCUGCACUAAAAGUUGCACCACAAGCUAGUGGUGAAGUUGGAAAGUGCGAAGAGAUUGAAUCCCUACGAGCAGAGGCUGAGACUGCAAGGGAUGAAGCUGCAUUUGCUUUGGAGAAACUCGACCAAGCUGAGUGUGAGAUCAGAUCACUGCAAAACAUGAUGAAAAGAAUGGCACUCAACCAGGAUGAGAUGGAAGAGGUUGUUCUCAAGCGGUGUUGGCUUGCUCGGUACUGGGGCUUGUGUGUCCGUUAUGGUAUUCAAUCUGAUAUAGCUGGAGCAAAGUAUGAAUACUGGUCAUCCUUUGCCCCUCUUCCACUUGAGCUUCUGUUAGAAGCAGGACAGAAGGCAAAAGUUUAUAAUGACCCGGAUGAAAAGGAAAAAAUUGGUCCCGAUGUUGGACUUUCAACAGAAGGAUGUCUUGAGAGCAUGUUAUUAGUAGAUAAGGGUCUUCGAGAAUUGACAUCACUCAAGGUAGAAGAAGCAGUAGCUCUUGCUAUAGCCCAACAACGAAGACCAAGUGGCAUGAAAUCCAGUGCAAGAGAUGACUUGAAGCUGCCUUAUGAAGGCCAUGAAUUUGCAGAAACAUUCGAUUUAAGUGAGGAGGAGUCUGAGGAUGUACAUGUGAAACAGGCUUGGCUUUUGUAUUUUUGGAGAAGAGCGAAGAACCAAGGAGUUGAAACUGAUAUUGCAGAAGAGAGACUGAACUUCUGGAUCAACCAAGGUGAUCAACCAUUCAAUUCACAGGAUGCAGUUAAUGUCGAACGCGGUCUUGUGGAGCUCAAGAAACUGGGGAUUGAAAUGCAGUUAUGGAACAAGUCUCGUGAACAUUUAGAUUGUGAGACUACUAACAAAUUGCUGAAGUAUAACGAUUUCUGAGACUAGGAGCUUUUCGGCUUUUCCUUCUUGAGUGGACUGGGUUCCUUCCAGGACCAGCUAUACAUGGGAGGCACCUUGGGGCACCAAUUUUUAUAAACAAAACUAUUAUUGUUAUUAAUGUUAUAUAAUGGCUAUAUAGUACUCGUAUUGAGUAAAUCUAAAAAGAAAUAGAAC